UCCACAUUUUGAAACCAUACCUACUUCUUUAUUUCCAAUAUUUCACUUUAACUUGUUAACCACACAAAAAAAAAAAAUCUACGAUCAUUAUUUUAAUUAAUGAUAAACACUUAUUUUUUUGUGUGCAUAAUGCCAAGCUUUUUUUAUCACCAAUACCUUAUUAUGUCAGCAUCAUAGGAGUAUAUAAAUGUGAACAGACACAUACAUAUACAAUAAGACCGUGUUUGGUUGCUACCAUUUCUUAGAUUUUGAGCAAUGGCAGAAUCAGACAACGAGUCAGGGGGAGGAACUCAAACAGGUUGCAAAGAGCAAGACAGGUUUCUUCCAAUAGCAAACGUGAGCAGGAUCAUGAAAAAAGCUUUACCAACAAACGCAAAGAUCUCAAAAGAAGCAAAAGAAACACUACAAGAGUGUGUAUCAGAGUUCAUCAGUUUCAUAACAAGUGAAGCAUCUGAUAAGUGUCUGAAAGAGAAGAGGAAAACGGUCAACGGUGACGAUCUUCUUUGGGCUAUGACAACACUUGGAUUUGAGGAUUAUGUUGAGCCAUUGAAGAUUUAUUUGCGUCAAUAUAGGGAGAUGGAAGGGGAGAAGAUUGCUAUGAAUGGAAGAAGUUAUCAGAGAGAUCAAGGGAAUGUUGGAGAAGGUGUUGGUGGUGUUUAUGGUUAUGGCUAUGGCUUUUCAUCUUCAAUGAUGGGACAUAACAUGUAUGGAUCUGGGAGUGGAUCGUCGUAUUCGGAGAGGAGUAUUAGAUAAUAUUGUUGAGACUAAUUGUUCGACCUGAGACUACAAUGGACGACAAAACAUAUCCUGUUAAAUUUGAAUUCAGAAUCUCUGAUCAAGCGAUAUUCGUUAUGUUAUGAAAUGAAGCAGGUUUAUAUAUGUAUACGUUUGAUAUAAAUGUGUAUUUUUUAAAUUAGGGUGCCCCAAUAUAUUGUUGCAAUUUUAUUGUUGAAGAUUUAGAGAGACAUUAUGGAUGGUGGUGUGGAAUUAAUGGACAAUUGUUUCUGUAUUUUUCUUUUUGUGGGAAGUGAUAAAUGUUGCAUGUAUAGCACUCAAUAAGUUUCCAAAUAUUGAUAUGAUACAUGUGUUACCAUUGAUUA